AUGAAUGUAUCUUCUAUAAAAAAUCACGGAAUUGAUUAUUUAAUUCGAAAGGAUGUUAAUCAAUUGGAAGGUAUUUAUGGGAAAAUAAAAACAAUUUAUGAAGAUUUUCAUGUUCAUGAAAUAACAAAGAAAAAUGAGAUUCUUCAUUUAAAUAAUGUUAUAGAUAAAAAUAUAAUUAAAAAUAUUCUUGAAGAAAAUGAGAAAAACGAAAAUGCUAAUAUAAUAUAUAAUAUUACAAAUAAAGGGGAACAUUUUGAUAUCCUUUCACAUUAUUUGAGUGAAUAUAAUAAAAACGUGUUCUACCAGUUUUUAAAUAUCCUUUAUGAAAUCUAUCAAUUAAAAAAUGAAAAUGAGACACAACAAAAUGUUAUUGAUCAAGAUGAUAAUAAGGAAUAUAAUGAAAAAAAUGAAAAAUGUAAAAAUGAUGAAAAAAAAAAUGAUAUAUUAAAUGAACAAAUUUGUAGUAACAAAAAUAAUUCAAGUAUUCAUACAAUUCCAUAUUGUCUUCUAACAAAUUUAGAUGAUAUAUUUUUUUGUGAUAUAAAAAUUGACAACAAUCAUGAUAUUUAUGACAAUAAAAAUGUAGAAGAGAAAAAAAAAAUUAUUAGAAAAAAUAUUCAUAAAAUUAUAAAACAAUAUUAUCCAUUUUUAUUAACAGAGACAAAAAAUUUUAAUAACAUAGAUCAAGUUAUAUCACAUGGAAAUAUAUUAUUAAAUCAUAAUAUAAUUGAUAGCUUAAAUCAUAUAAAUACAUCUUUUCUAUCAUCUAAUAAUAAAAAUAUAAAUGCUAUUCAGGUAUAUCCUUCAUUAAAUUGUCUUAAAUGUAUAUUGCCUCCUUCAAUUUUUAAAAAAUUAAAAGGAACUUAUAAAAAAUCGCGUUUUAAUAAAACGGAAGAAAUGGAAUAUAUUAUAAAUCAACAUUUUGAUAAGAUAAACAAAAAAAAAAAAUUAGAUUAUUCACAAGAAAUAAGUGAAUCAUAUAUCAGUGAUAAUAAUAAUAUAAAAACAUAUGAUCAUAAUAUGAAGGAUAAAAUAAAUAUUAGCACUUCUCAUAUUUAUGAUGAUUCUAUUAAUAUUACUCAUGGGAAAAAAAGAAAACUAGAUAAUGAUGAAUAUGAAAAAAUAGAAAUAUUACAUACAAAACAUACAAAUCAAAAUGAUAAUAUGAAUUGUAAUUUAAAUGAAAAAAACUAUAAUGAUAUUAAUAAUGCAUAUAACCUCAAAAGUAAUAUUUGUGAUAACAACCUAAAUGAUAAUAACUUCUUAGAUAAUAUCAAUCAUAUAAAAAAAAAAAAAAGUGAACUCAAAAAAAAAAAAAAAUAUCUACAUUUUAAUUUAUAUAAAGAAAACAAAGAUAUAUGUGAAAUUCUAAACAAAUUUAAAAUGAAUCUUUCCAAAAAAAAUACAGAUAUAUCAUAUUGUGGAAUUAAAGAUAAAAGAGCUAUUACUGUUCAAAAGUUUUGUAUACACAAAACAAACAAAUAUGAUAUAUAUAAUUUAAUAAGUAAUCAUUCGAAUAAAUGGUUUUAUAAUAAUGUAUAUAUAUCAAAUUUGGAAUAUAAAAAAAAAAAAUUAUCACUAGGUAAUUUAAAUGGUAACCAUUUCAAAAUUAUUAUCAGAGGUGUGCAUAAUAAUGUAAAAUCAAAUUUUCAUAUUUUAUCUGAAAAUCUAAGAACAAAAGGAUUUGUUAAUUAUUAUGGUCACCAAAGAUUUGGAACAAAACAAAUAAAAAAUUAUCAAAUUGGUAUAUCUAUUUUAAAAAAGAAUUAUAAAGAAUCUCUUUCUUAUGUUAUUCAAAAUACGGAGUUGAAAGAGGAAGAUAAAGAAAAUUUAAUUACCUAUAUAAAUAAUCUAACUGAUCAGUCGAUUUACCAAAAUGGGAUAGAAGAAAAAAAAAACAAAUACCCCAAUGAACAUAAUAAAAAUGAAAAUUCAAUUAAAAAAAAUGAUAAAUCAAAAGAUCAUCAUAAUACUUCUGCACCACAAGAAAUUAUAAAUAUUAUCAAUUCUAUUUCUAGUAAUUCCUAUGUAGAAAAAACUAUAUUAAAUUCAAUAAAAAAUAGUAACAAUUUAAAAAACGCAUUUAUGAAUUUACCUAAAGAUAUAUUCUCACUUUUCAUUCAUGCAAUACAAAGUAUUGUAUUUAAUCUAAUGGUUAAUAUAAGAAUGAAAAAAUUUGGAUUUCAAAUAGCUUUAGGAGAUUUAGUUGAAAUAUAUGAACAUCAUUCAGAAGAUUCAAGUCUAGAUGAAUCAAGUGAUGAUAAUACCAGCGAUAAUAUAAAUAAUGAUAAUAUAAUAUUAUAUCAAAGUAAAAUUAUUCCAAUUACAGAAAAUAAUAUUUCUUUAUAUAAUAUAUAUGAUGUUGUCUUACCUUUACCAGGAGAUAAAAAUACAUUACUUCCUCCUAACUUGAAAGAAGAAUAUAUAAAUGUAUUACAAACAAUUGAUUUAACAUUAGAAGAUUUUAAGUCUGAAAAACAUUUUUUCAAUGCAUCAGGAUGCUAUAGAAAAAUUGUUGUAAAACCAUAUAAUUUCAAAUCCAUUUUUAUAAAAAAUGAAUUAAAUGAUUUAAAUAAAAUACCAAUAAUUAAAAGUGAUCUAUAUAAACUUAAAAAUGAGCACAAAGAAAAUAAUAUAUCCAUAGAGCAAGAAUUACCAAAUAAGAAAAACCAAGAUACUUUACAAAUUAUAACAGAAGAACAAAAUGUGGAGGAAGAAUUAAUUUAUGUAUCUAACGAACAAUAUCAUGAAUAUUUAAUUAAAGAAAUACCUGAUUAUCAAACAAAAUCUUCAAUAUAUUUGACAUGCUCCCUACCAAAAUCAUCAUAUAUAACUGUAGCACUUAUGGAGGUAUUAAAAAAUUAA